CGCCCUUUCGUCGAACGGUCUCCAAGGGACUGGGAACAAAAAACCGAAACCAAAACCUGCCUGCUCACCCGCGUCCCCAGUGCCUGCGCUUCGCCGGCUUCGGGCUUCCUGCAGCGGCCGAGGACGCGUCACCGCCAUGGCGUCAGUUUUGAAUGUGAAAGUAUCCAAAGCUCCUGAAAGAACGGUUGUAGUGGCUGGUGUUCCAGAUGGCCCUCUUAGUCAUCAGUUUUGGGCCUUAUUAGUGAAGAGGCACUUCCAAGAUAUCAAGAAUGAAGGUGGAGAUGUUGAAAAUGUGAUAUAUCCAUCAAGAACCAAGGGAGUUGCAUAUGUAAUAUUCAAAGACAAAGAAGAUGGAUAUGCCAAUAUAGUAUCUGGUAAAAUUGAGUUGAGAAAUAUCAGUUGCGUCUUCAGCUCCGUACAUGCUACCCUUGAUCUUUCUAUUUUUCGGGGUCAAGUUACUCUAGAGAAUCUGGUAAUGGACUUGAAAAAGAAAAUCCCAACUUUAAGUUUCAGUCCUUUGGCACCCAGUGGAAUAAUCUCCGUGGAAGGAUCAUUUCUGGCUAUCAAGAAGCUCAAAGAGUCUUUGCUUUUAAAAACAAGGUCUCUUUUAGGAAAAAAAGGAGAUUUUACCAGUGAGGGGAGAAAGUGGAAUAGGCAAAGCCCCCCAAGGAAUCGACAGAAAAAUCAUAACUCGGUAGAGUCACUCGGGACCUUAGUGCCUGAGACUGCCAGCAGCGGAGAAAUGCUUACGUUUGACACGGAUGUUUUUCUUUACCUGAAACAAAAGUCUGGACUUUAUGAAAGCAUACUGAACAGAUACUGUGUUCUAAGUCGGGAGAGAGCAGACGGGGAAAUCACUACAAUUUGUCUACAGAGUGUUCAAGGGUGUUCUCAGCCAGACAAUGUAAAAUAUGUAAAAAAGCUCAUUGAAGAAUGGUCACACAACCUGCACUUACAGCUUAGAAAAGAGACAUUUAUGUUGGAAGGAAGGGAAAAUAGAGAGAAAAGAAUGAUUAAGAUGGCUUGCGAGCAAUUAAGGUCGAAGUACCUCAAGGUUCUGGUUAACUUUUGUCAGACACAUGUUGACAUCAUAGGAUCUUCUUCUGACACUUACCUAUUUAAAAAAGAGGUCAUGAAAUUAACAGGGGAAAAGGUUAGUUAAUAAAACCUCAGCAGUAGUAACGACAAUGGUUGCUUUCCAGUGCUGAGCUGGGACCAUGCUGUAUAUGAGGCUAGCUUUACACGCCUAUCUCAUUAAUCAUUUUGACUGUACUUCAUUAUAAUAAGAGAAGAAAUUGGGCUUUGUAAAAGUUAAAACACUUAAUCCGAAGUUAUCCAACUGAUGAGAAAUGUGUCUGGGGCUUAACCCACUCUAUUUGAUUACAGAUACUAUCUAAGAAAUAAAACUUUGAAAAAAACUCGA